AGGCAUGAGUCAUCUGCUGAAGGUUAACCUGACGCAUGCGCAUGAGGUUGAUUGGUUCUCUGUCCAAUGACAAGCCGCCGUUUUACAUAAAGUGCUGGCGUGCCUUCGGACCUUCAUCUCUCCUCCUCCUCCUCUUUGUUGACUGGCGCGAGCAUGGCGCCGCUCUCCAUCCAGUCCGGAGUCAGUUACGCUAAAACGCUGCUGCCGGAUUCUCUGCUCAGAUCUGUGCUGACGGUCCAGACCAGCCUCUCCCGCUGCAUCCUGCCCUCCCCUCAGCCUCGCUGCUAUAAGGUCUGCAGCUACAGCCGGAUGCGGCGACGAGGGCUGCUGGCGUCUUCGCUGGAUGAGCUUCUGGAGCAGGCAGCCAAAGUCUUCAUGUUGUCCAACUACAACUUCCUGAUUCUGGUUCUGGAGGAGGACGGAACUGUGGUGGACUCAGAGGAGUUCUUCCAGUCACUCCCUUGCAGAACCCCCCUGAUGGUUCUGGACAAAGGCGAGCUGUGGACACCGAGCAAGAUCCUACCGAGUUUCCGUGAGCACAGAAAGAAGGGGAUCGCCAAACUGACCAUUGACGUGUACAAGGUGCACCCCAAGGAACUGCUGUGCUGCCUGACCAUCAGAGCCACGCUGUAUGAGAUCUACACGCUGUCCUACGACUUGAAAUGCACCCGCAUCAAACACAUCUUCAAGGAAUCUCUAGAGCUCUUCUUGAAUAUCGGAACAGUGACCUAAAGCUUUCAGCGGCACUUUAAAGCAGUUUAAAGGCUGAUUACACUGAUCCGUCUGUGGUGCAGCUCUGUUGCGUUGACACAAAAAAUAGAACGUUCAUUAGUCAACCGGAAUGUUUAAAUCGCCUCCGUCGGGUCUGCGUCUGAUGUCUUUCUCUGAAGCACAAGUUCUAUGCAAGAGUUCUAUUUCCAGUUCGCCGAUGCGUCAGUUUCACUGCAAAAAGCCAGGGAGAAAAGGGAAAUGAGUUUCAAAAUAAAAACUUACGUUGUACUUUUAAAGUAAAAUUUAAUUCAAUUUUAGUUUUAUAUUUAGGCUGAUGUGCCCACGAAAUAAUGCACGGCAACACUGCGCAUAACACCAGCAUCUAUAUCUGCAAUUGACGACAAAAGUUUAAUUUUGGAAGUACAAGAAACAUCAUUUAAAACACAAAACAUGCAUUUCGUAUGUUCUCUGUGAGGAAGAAGAGAACGUGAUUAACAAAUGGGGCCUGAGUGCCAAAGUUUUGGAUGAACUACUUGACACAGGAGUGGCAGGAGAAAUCCCAUCUAUGAAAG